GAUUGUUCAGACACAUUGGCUGUGUCUCGUUUGGAAGGAUGCGUCCUCCGGAGGUCGCGUCCUUUGAAGGCUGCAUUAUACCGAGUGUAUCUUUUAAAGAAGUCUCGUUUAAACGAGACGGCCUUCGUAGGACGAACGGAAACGGAAUGUAUCAUGGUUGCUAUGACAGUACGCCACUCUUUAACAAGCGCGAGCGCUUUGAGUGAGAAGGGAACAAAGUACAUUUAGAAGGGAAUGUAUGAGGUACAUUUUAGGAGAGUUGUAAUGAUGUAGAGAGAAAAUAGAUUUUACAGGUGUAGUUUUAGUCUAAUACUUUAUUUUAAUUAUAUAUUAAUAUAAUUAUACAUAUUAUAUACUCUGCACCCAUGUUCUGAUGUACUUCAACUUGGGAAUUAACACGCAUACUUGCGUUUGAACAUCAUAUUUACGGGCAAAUUGGCAUAAUUUUUUAUUUUUUUUUAGACAUUUCCGGUGAAGCAACGAAUUGUUGGUUGAGGCCAUGAAGGAUACACCUGAUGCAUCCUCCGAAUUCCCGUGAAAGAAGGUCGCAUUUGAAGUGUCCUACUCGCUUUUAUGAAACGAGACAGCCUCGAUAACGUAUGCGGCCGACAAAUGCGACCUCCGGAGGACGCAGCCUUCCAAACGAGACACAGCCAUUGUUUAUUGCAAAGUUCCUUAUUGCAGUUUGUUGAUCUUUUACUGGGAUGGUGGGGUUAAUGUACAUUGUAUAUAAUUUAUGAAAAUAGGUAAAUACAUUUCAAAUGGGACAAGACCCCCCCCCCCCCAUGAUCAAUGGAAACGUAGAUGCUUCACGCAGCAACGUAGCGGAAGUAGCUUUACCCUGCGGUGACGUAGUUUCCGAUUCUUGUGAAAAAGGCUUAGUGGCGUUCCAUUGCUCUUUUCCUAUUAGGAAGAUGGAAAAUCUGCGUUUAAUGGAACGCAGCAUUAAAGUGACAGUAAAACCAUAACGUGAUGAUAUAAAAGGAAAGAACGGACAAUGUUCAUUUCCUAUAACUUUUUAUAUGCUGUCUAUUACUCAUGUGGCUACUGAUUAUUGUCUUGUUUUUUUUUUGUUUUUUUGUAAAGUAUUUUUGUUUGUAAAAACUUAAAUCAGUUUGUCCUCUUUUUAAGAUGGUAAACACCAUUUACCACUAAACACUCUAAAACAAUGAAACACCCCCACAGAUCUGUUUACAGUCCCCAUCUGGAUGUUUUGUGUGUGUGUGUGUGUGUGUGUGUGUUGUUGUUGUUUUUUACAGUGACAAAUAUUUUCGUAAACCCUUUACAGAAAUGUUUCAUUUUGGUCUUGUUCCAUGCCUUCACAAUUAUCUGCAUCAAUAUUUGUAUUAUUAUAUAUAUUAUAGCAUGCAUUUGGAAAUAAGCUUUAUUGCAGACUUAUAAUAUUGGCUUUGAGCUCUUCUGUCAAUGAACAGAGCCUGUAGCUAGUCUAUUCCUGGAUGUUCUCAUUCCACGUGUGAUUCUAUAUUUAUAUUUGAUCAGAUUACAUUUCCAUGAAUGGCAUUAAAAUAAACAUUGAGGUACACUUGGGACAGCCAAUAGUUAACAAGGGAAAAAAGCUCUUAUGCUGAUUUGCAAUAGCAUACCUUGGGGGAAAAAACACAUUUGCUUACUGACUUACUAAAUUAAAUAACAUUCUAUGCACAUUAUGACAGGAUUGAAUCUUUGUUCUAACCCCCUUACACUUAAUUAAGCAAGUCAAUUCAAUGAAAAUUUAUAUUGUCCCUAGUUGGCCUACAGGUGUGGUAAAACUUAUUGAUACAUAUUAGAAGAAGAUGGGGUAAGAUGUCCCUCCCCAUCUUUAAUUUUCCUCUUGACCAUAGAUGUCACUAAAUUUCAUCUCAACACAUUUAUUGAAUGGUUAUGCUCUUAUUCUUUUAAUCUUACAUCAACAUUUGUGACAUUUAUUCCAUCUGAACAGUUUUGAGGUUAAAUGAUAAAAUUUUUUGUCAUUGGUUAUUGGUGAUCUGUUAGUUUAUUUUAUGUUGGAUAUGAAGUUUUUAUGUCUAUUCAUAAAUGGGGAUUUUGCUGACACAGUAACACAUUUAGAAGUAGGUUUUUUUUAUUGUUUUAUUUUGAAGUAAAAAAUUAAAGGUAGACCCAUGGAUUAAGAUGCCACCCUUAGAAUUGGGGUAGAAGGCCCCCAGUGGGAUGUUGUUGCUUGUUAAUUUAUUAUUUAAUUUUAUGAUUUUUUUUAAUCAUUCAUGUUAAUAACAUUCAAGUUAUUAUUUAAUAAUUCCAUUAAUUAGAUGUACAUUUCAAACAUCUUUACUAUUCAUCAUGACGUCUAGGUCAAUUGAGUGGAAUAAUUCAUAGUUUAUUGCUAUUAUGACAUCCCUUCAAUUAAAAAUAUACAGUACUGUGCAAAGGUCUUAGGCACAUAAGAUGUUUCAUGAAAGUAUUUGUCUUAAGAUGGUUAUUUAUGUCUUCAGCUUUAGUGUGUCAAUAGGAAAUAUAUACUUUUGCAAAUAGAAAAGAUUAGAAUAGAAGAACAGGGAGCCCUGCAACAGCACAAACAUUGUAUCAGUCUGAGAUUACAUAAAGAGACAGAAGCAAUUGAGACAGCCUAAAUAGAUAAAAGAAAUGUGGCAAAUUCUCCAAGAAGCUUGGAACAUCCUAUCUGCCAACAACCAAGAAAAACUGUGCCCAGGUGUACCUAGGAGAAUUGGUGCAGUUUUAAAGGCAAAGGUGGUCACACCAAAUAUUGAUUUAGCUUUUAUGUUUACUGGACUUUGUAUGACAUUUAGUGAUAAAAGAAAACCAUGUCAUUAUUUUUAAAGACAUCCACACUAUGCAACAUUUUUCACAAGUGACUAAAACUUUUGCACAGUACUGUAUAUAUUAAACAAAAUUCAUAGAAUGGUAAAAUGUAAUUCAGGUAUCUCUUUGAUUGGGAAGCAUUAUUCAAUUAUUCUAAAUUAAACUAAACUGUCAAAAUGCAUCAAUUUACAUAAUAAAAUAUUCUAAGUAUUUUAUAUUAAUGACACACUUUUCAAAAAUAAAUAAUUAAAAAUGAUAUCAGAUGUAUUUUAUCCGAAAAUCAGAUGACAGCUGUGAUAAGUUUGCCCCAGUAGUGGGGCAAGAUGGCCCCUUUCCAUGAUUCUGUGCUAUAAAAACUAAAUUAGCAAAUGUUUCCAUUUAUUUCCCUCAAUAAUAUGUUGGAUGAUGCAUCAUGAUCCUGUAUAUGCUAAACUUAUAUCCAUAUGUUACAAUUUAGGUUAGCUGUAAAUGCACACUGCAUGGGGACAUCUUCCCCCAUAAGUAUACACAUAUAAAUACAUUUAAAAAAAGUAAUAGUUUAACCAAAAUGAUUUUACAAGCAAUUUUACAAUAUAGUUGCAUAGAAAGAAAUGUUGUUCAUUUAUUUGACUCAGUAGUUACUUGUGUAAUAACACUUUAACAUCUCCGGCUCGCGAUUGGUGAAGGAUUCGUAUCCAAAGGGAAAGUCCAAACCAACAACAAUGAUAUUUACAUAAUCAGAAAGACAUAGGCUGGAGAGCAGACGUCUUCAGAAGUCUCUGUCGAGGGACAUUUCCACGUAACAGAUGCUGACAUUCGUCCUUAUACCGUAAAUUGUACUUAGGGAUACAGCUCUUCUUUUCUACGGACUAAAGGCAAGAGUUUUGCCGUUGGAGAGGCCGGUGAAAUGAAGACGGAAGGCGCUUGUUGUUUGUUUGUCGGUCCACUACAAAAGCAAGUUUAUUUGAUCCUUAGUUUACCUAUCUUUUUCACAGCCUUCACAUUUUUCGUGGACGUGUUCACGCUACACGUGAAGUCUUGUGGCGAGGAUGUAGAGAGCGAGUUUUUAAACCACACACGCGUAUCGGACACUAACCUUUCCAGCAUCACAUUCACAACAAAGUGGACGAACAAUCACAGCGAUCUCGACAGUGGUCCCACGUGUCAAGAAGAAAACCAGUUUACACAUGGGCAAGCAACGUACAUGACUGGGUUACUUAUGGGUUCUUUAUUCGGUGGUGCUCUCUCUGACAAGUAUGGAAAGAGAUUCCUCCUCAUAUGCUGCUCAGUGGUCCACGCAGUCACCACUCUGAUAGUGGCAUUUCUGCCAUAUGUGUCGGUGUACCUGACUGCCCGCUGCAUCAGUGGUGUAGCCUGUUGUGCCAUUCACAUCUGCACCUACAGCUUAGGGGUUGAAUGGAGCCUGCCAAAGUACCGGAUCUGGCCACCCACCCUGUUCUCUUUCAUCUUCAGUCUGGGAAUGAUGGGACUGGCCGGUGUGGCUUAUUUGACCAACGGCUGGAUGCAGUUUCAUCUGGCGCUUGGCAUCCCACAGAUUCUCGUUCUACCUCUUUAUUUCUUUCUUCCAGAAUCUCCUAGAUGGCUGCUGCUAAAUAAGAGAAUGAAAACUCUAGAGGGAUAUGAAAACCGAAGUCCUGAGGACAAGCACUACCUGGAUCAACUUUUGGACUCAGUGGACAGUGGGAAUCCUAAAUCAGAGGUCUACACUGGAGCAGAGUCCAAUUUUGCCAACUUUACCUCACCUACCAUACUGCUGCGCUUGUUUAUCAUGAGUUACAUUGGUUUUGCUUCUGCUCUUACGUAUUAUGGGAUCUGCUUCAGCGUGGGAAGUUUCGGAGUGAAUAUCUAUUUGGCACAGUUUUUCUCUGGAUUAUCUGAGUCUCCCUCUUUGCUGCUUCCAUUUCUUUUGAAGCGAUGGGGCCGUAGGCCUUUCAGCAUGGGCUCUCUGUUCCUCAGUGGCAUUUCCUGUAUACUCUCCCUCCUUGUCUCCAAGUUCUGUGACAUGCCUGUCCUUGUAAUGAUGCUGGCAAUGAUGGGCAAGCUGUGUAUGCAGUCUACCACCUGUGUCUCUCUACUCUACGGAAUUGAGCUGUUCCCAACUGUAAUAAGGCAGAAGUGCAUCAGCCUGGUUAGCCUUUGUUACCGAGUGGCCUGUAUUAUAAAUGCGGUUGUGGUCCCUAAGGGUGGGAUUCCUCUGCCAGCUAUGGUCUGUUACAGCAGUGGGCCAGUCGUUGGUGCAGCUCUGUGCCUGCUCCUCCCAGAGACCAGUGGCAUCCCUUUACCAGACACAGUGCAGGACUGUGAGCGACAGCCCAAUCUCAAGCUCUCAUGCUGUGCACGAUGGCCCCUAAAGCAUAAACAAGAGCUGAAAGCUUCUUUUACCAACGGGAUGGACAUAAAGAAUCAAAUGGAGUGCAGUCUCCUUUCAGUAUAGUCAGCAAGCGUGAACUAUUGUCCGGUCAGAAUGUGAAUUUCUUUCAUAUUUCUUUUGAUGUGAGGUUUUAUUUGUGAAAACUCUAGUAAAAGUGAGGGUAUGUGCUUGAAAUAAUAAAAUGUAUUUUUUAAUGGGUACUUUACUGUACAAAUAGUUCCUUAAGAUAUGGUAGCGCAUGAAUUUUGCUGCUGGAGGAUGAUACUGGAACAUCUGCAAAAAAUGCAUGUACUGGAGUCAUUCAGUGCUGCAAAAUUUCCUUUUAGAUGAAUUUAUGAAACUCCUGGGGGCAGAAGUAGACAUUUUUUGUAUUUCUUUAUCAGCUAUUAAUAUACAACCUAUAUUUUUAAAGCUAUACUGACAAAUUUAUAGUAUUGAUUUCUUUGCAUUUUUUGCUAAGCUCUUGAAUUCUCCAAGGCAAAAUUUUACCUUCACAAAAAAACUUGGAGGCAAAGUUUUGCAAGUCUUACCAUGAAAUAGACAUCAGGUUAAAUCAUCGUUUUGAUAUGCUCGAAUGGAUACUAUGCAACCGUUAUUCUCCUGUAAAAUUACAAUGUUUGUCUGUGUGGAGAUUCUUUUUUAACCUGAUACCUCUAACGGUCACAGAAAUAUCAGACAUUUGAAAAAGGUAAUGGUUUUUAUGUAAUGGUGACAUUUAUAUUAUGGAAGAUGCCGUAAUAUUUGUAAGAGUUUUAUAUGAUGGUAAGCACCUUUACUUAUGGAUAUACUAACACAGCUGUUAAGUUAGUUACUGUAAUGGUUAUUUUAAUAAGAGGAAUGAGAUUUCGAUUAUGAUGAUUUAGCUAGGGUGUUAAUGACAACAAAGCCCUCGACAGUGUCUUUCAACACUCAUUCUCAAUAAAUAAAAUAAAAAAUAAAAUUAAAACUCUAUGAAAGGCCCAUAUGUUUUGGGCAGCUGAACCAGAAAUUUUGAGAUUAGUGAGAAAAAGGUGAGGCUUUGCGUACAGUAUGUAAACUAGCUCCAGAGUGAACAAAGUGAAGCCACCUCUGAAUGCUGAGGGGAUAGAAUGUUUUAUUAGGGCUGCUUCUCUUUUCGGGUAAACAGAACAGCAGACAAAUCACUCUAAUUAAAUCUAAAUAUGUAUUCUGCUAUAAAAAGAAUGGUGAAAGAGUAAAGAGGGUAAAUAAAGGGAUUACAAAUGUGUGACUAACAUGGGAGCUGCAGUUAUCUAAGAUAUAUUUCAUUAGUUUGUGGCACAUGGUUAGUGUUCAUGAUGUUUCUGACCAACACCUCUGUUCUUUAUCAUCUCACAUCAGCCUUCACUUCUCUGUCUAAUGAGAAGUCAAAAUAAAUAAAAUGAAAAAAAAUAAAUAAACCUUUGAAACAUAUUAAAUGUACAAUUUUGCCAGGAUUGAACAGUGUAUUUUAUUAUGAAAAAAACAACAACAAAAAACAACAACCUGUACACAGUAAAAUAACAGUAUAGCACUGCAUUGUGGGUUAUAAUGGUGAAAUACCCAUACGCCUUUGCGCUUGAAUAAGUAUGUAUGCUUUGACAA